UGCUCUCGUUGAACAACGCGAUUGCGUUGGUAAAAAGUUCCCAAUCUCAACCUUUCUACUGACGGUACCGGUUGGUUGCACCGUCUGAUGACAUCCUCCCAGGAUGCGUGCUACAUAUCCCUGCUGGGACUGGCGGAAUACUUUCGCACUUCGACUCCGCCGGACAUCAAGAAGUGCAUCCAAUGCUUGCAAGCGUUGUUUACGUUCAAACCUCCUCUAAAGGUAGAAGCCCGGACGCAUCUUCAGCUUGGGCAAAUACUGAUGGCAUACACGAAAAAUACAGAUCUCGCAAGGAACCAUCUAGAGCAGGCGUGGAUUCUGUCGGAAAACAUCAACAACUUUGACGAUGUAAAGUUCGAUACGGCAAGUCUGCUAGCACAGUUGUACCAGCAGCAGGAUCAAAGUUCACUGGCCAAGCCGGUUCUACGGAAAGCGAUUGAACUUUCACAGCACAACGUAUACUGGCACUGCAAGCUUCUGUUCCAGUUGGCGCAAACGCAUGCCACGGACAAAGAGUACACGCUUGCUUCGGAGCUGCUAGCCGUGGGAGUGGAAUCGACCGAUGAAUCGAAUGCAACCUACCUGAAAUCAUUGUUCCUUUUGAGUCGCGCCAUGAUCAUGAUGAUCGAGCGGAAAACGAACGACGUGUUAGCCAUCCUGAACCAGGCUAGCCCGAUCAUCGACCACUCGGUUCCAAACGUUCACCUGAAGGAGUACCUGAAGGUGUUUUUCUACGUGCUACAGGUGUGCCACUAUCUACAGCUCGGCCAGGUGAAGACGGUCAAAACCAGCCUGAAGCUGCUACAGCAAAGCAUUCAAACGAUCAUCGCUCCAAACUGGCCGUCGGAUGAGCAAAUUUUUGGACAGAACAGUACGGAAAUGUUCAUGUGGCUACCAAAGGAGCAGCUGUACGUGCUGGUGUACCUUGUCACCGUGUCCCACUCGAUGAUGGCCGGGUACAUGGAUAAGGCACAGAAGUACACCGAAAAAGCGUUGACACAGAUUGAGAAGCUUAAAUCUCAGGAAAAUAAACCCAUUUUGGCGGUGUUCCAAAUCAUCCUGCUCGAACACAUCAUCAUGUGCCGGUUGGUGAUGGGAAAUAAAUCGUUGGCCAUCAAGGAAAUAGCGCUCGCGAAGGACGUCUGCCUGUCGUCGUCACACAAGUUUCUGCUGAAGAAACACGCACCCCAGUUGCAUUGUUUGCUGGGCCUGUACGCAAUGUCCACCAGCCUGUGCGAGCAUGCAGAGAAACAGUUUUACGCCUGCAUCCAAGAGACGACCGAACGUGAACUGAAACUGUUCGCCAGUUUGAAUCUAGCCAUCGUUUACCUGCGUACGAAGCGGGAACAGGACCUGCGCAACAUACUGGAGCAGAUUCAGCAGGAAAACUCGCAGUGCUCCAACAGCCAGGCGCUCAUGGGAAGCUUCUAUUAUGUGCAGGGGUUGAACGCAUUCCACAAGAGCAGUUUCCACGAGGCCAAACGAUUUUUGCGCGAAACGCUCAAAAUGGCGAAUGCCGAAGACCUGAACCGAUUAACAUCCUGCUCGCUGGUCCUGCUGAGCCAUGUGUUCCUGAGCAUCGGAAACUCGAAGGAAAGCAUGAACAUGGUCACGCCGGCGAUGCAGCUAGCCUCCAAAAUACCCGACAUACACGUGCAGCUUUGGGGCAGUGCCAUACUAAAGGAUCUCCAUCGGAUGCUGAAGGAGCCGACGCAGGAGAUUGAAGCGCUAAACAAUCACGUUAACUUUUCGCAGAAUCUGAUCGCCGACCAGAUGAAGUGCACCAAGUUUCCCGAGCACGCGUUGAUCAACUGGUUCCAGGGCGAUCCACCGUUGCCGAUGCUCUCGCAGGAGCUAGUCGUGCAAUCGGCUGCAUCCAUCGCACCGAUAGCGUCCGGGUCUGGCACAGCGAUGGUGGUACCCGGAGGGCAACAACCGCAGCAACAGCAAACCGGAGGUACCUUUGUACGAUUACCAGGAGCACUGAACCAGCAGGUUAUGUUCCAAUAGGUGCUAUGAUGAGGUACUUGGCGGGUUGCUCAGUUACCGAACGCUUUACCAGUUUGGUGUGAAGCCGUGUGAACGUAAAAUAACGAUUGAAUAAACAUCGUGAAUUUGAAAAUAUCAAGGUUUCGUCUGCCUUCGUUUCACAACGAAUAGAAAAAUAUUUAUCUUUAUUCAUCCUUUUAUGGGCACUAGUUGCAUGAUCAGG